ACGCCGGCGCCUAGCAGGGACCAGCAAGCUUUAAGUCCUUAGUCCCCCGCCCUCCGCCAGGCUGGUGGCUGGGGGAGGAGAAAGCAACUUUGCAGGGGACCCGGCGUAGCGCGCUGGCUCGAAAGGGGGCGUUAGCGAGCCUGGCGGUCCGGACAGGUCUCGAGCAUCCCCAACCCGGACCAGGGGCGUCGGUAUCGGUCCGUUGCGGGCCUGCAGAGUCGGCAGUGAAAAACCGCCGCUGGAAGCCUUAUCCCGAGGUAGAGCGGCUAGCAAGAGCCUGGGCCAAAGAGUGAAGUCACCUUGGAGCGUCCUUGAUCAUUCUCAACUCCGGUCCUGUGGAGCCUCCUGAAAGUGACAGCCACACAUUAAGUUCUUGCCACCAGGAUGGGGAAACAGAACAGCAAACUGCGCCCUGAAGUCAUGCAAGACUUGCUGGAAAGCACGGACUUCACUGAGCAUGAGAUCCAGGAGUGGUACAAAGGCUUCUUGAGAGACUGCCCCAGCGGACACUUAUCAAUGGAAGAGUUUAAGAAAAUAUACGGGAACUUUUUCCCUUAUGGGGAUGCUUCCAAAUUUGCAGAGCACGUCUUCCGCACCUUCGAUGCAAACGGAGAUGGGACAAUAGACUUUAGGGAGUUCAUCAUCGCCCUGAGCGUAACGUCGAGGGGCAAGCUGGAGCAGAAGCUCAAGUGGGCCUUCAGCAUGUACGACCUGGAUGGCAACGGUUACAUCAGCAAGGCAGAGAUGCUGGAGAUUGUACAGGCAAUCUACAAAAUGGUGUCCUCUGUCAUGAAAAUGCCUGAAGAUGAAUCAACCCCAGAGAAAAGGACAGAAAAGAUCUUCCGCCAGAUGGACACCAACAGAGAUGGAAAGCUCUCCCUGGAAGAAUUCAUCCGAGGGGCCAAGAGCGACCCAUCCAUCGUGCGUCUCCUACAGUGCGACCCCAGCAGUGCUGGCCAGUUCUGAGCCGUGCACCCCAAGGACGCUACAGCUGCUUGUGUCUUCUGAUUAGCGUUGAAACUUUUUUUUUUUUUUGGCCAAACAAUAUUGAUGGUGACACUGUCCCCUCUUGGGUCAGAUGUGCCCUCCUGUGACACCUUUGCCUCUUGCUUCUUUUGUCGUGGAUGCUUUGGGGGGAUGCCCAGAGCCCCGUGUGCUGUGGAGAGCAUGAGCACACUUUGUGGUGUCCCUGCCAGAUGACUUUUUAUCUUACCAUUAUCUCCACCCCCUUUGAUUGUAAUGUCUCUAUCUUAAAACCCAAGGCUUUGGGGGCAAGAGAAGGGAAUUCCACCCAGCGCAUAGGGGCUCUGUUUGAAAGACAGAAGAAGAGGUUAUUACAGGGAGCUGGGACAUUACCACAAGAGGCUCACUCCCCUCUCUACCCCAGCAGGCUGUAGUUUCUAAGCUGUGAACAUUUCAAGGUAAAUUAACAGAGGAGAUGCAGGAAGACGGCUCAGCUAUUUUUUUCCCACAGGUUUACACGAGUUGAGCUAAUACGAGUUUCUUUGAAAAAUCGGACACAGAUGGUAACAUUCUAAAACCAGACCCAUCUAACUGCCUACUUGUGAUUUAUAAAAAGACUGCUGUAUAUAAAACAUUGGGUAUUGCAGACCAAAUCAAGUGUUUUGCCUUGUAAAUGCAUGUCUAGUGAUUGCUGAUACAAUCUUACUCCCGAAGACUAUUCUUAGUAGCUGAUCAUGAAGCCAGCCACAAUGAAUGUCAAUGUCUUUGCACAAAUGUACCCAGUCAACAAGUAUAUUUUAUAUACUCUGUAAAAUUACGAAGGAAUGACGGAUGACAAAGGCCCAGCUUUGAUGUUUGAAUGGUUUUCCGGAGUCAAGGAGGCUGGAGGACAUGAGGAAGGCAGUUUUCCAAGCGUCUUUUCCGGCACCCACAGCUCCACACGGACAGGGGCCAAGGCCCAGCAACGCACCAGCGGCGAAUGCAGGCGUGAUGCGUUUCUAAGCAGAUGAAUGUUCAAUAGACUCGAAAAACAAACAGGACUUCCUAACAGUUUGACCCACAUCCUUGGUGGGGGAGCCAGAUCUAGAAUGUUCAUUUUUCCUGCCCGCAGGUGUCCUUCAAAGAGUCAGUUGUAGGACAGCUAGGUAAUUCACCCACUCCAAGAGCCAGCGAGGGGGCCUGCAGUAUCCAAGGCCCAUGGGGAUCCCUCACCGCGUCACUCACAUACACUGCUUUGGAAUGAGGGCUGGGAAUAGGAACUUCUGGCCCCUGGCAAGCCAAAGCCCCACAAACAGCUCAAGGGUGUCUGUGCGGAACCUGCUUAAGAGGAGGCAGGAAGGUCUCUGUCUGCUGCCAAGCCACUUCCUGUAGAACAAGAACCGCAUAAAGAUAAACCUGACCGCAGGGACAGUGUGCCGAGAGGUUCCUGCCAGCCUGUAGCCUCCCCCCCCGCCCCCGCCCCCAUGACACUCAUACCUGGCAGAAGUUCAAACUUGAAUGGUGGAUUAAAAUGAAUCACUUCAUAGGUUGAAAUUUUGAGACCUAGAUUUUGUAAUCUUAAUUUUUCCUAGUGUUGUUUCCUCACAUUUUGUACCAAGGCUUGCCAAAUCCUGUGGGCCAGAUGGCAAAGUCUGCUUUUGAGCAGCAGAAUGAACCCAAAUUGUAGAAAAGACCCAGCACAGCGGUCACUGGGAACUGGACUCACACAGCCCUCUCUGAACUGAGGACUUGAUUCCUCUGUCUGGUCUGAUGAGUGUCAUCAGUGUUGGAGAAUCCUCAAGGGGCCGCCUCCAGCUGAGUCAGAAUUGGGUUUCCUAGAACUCAGAGCCAGUGUGGGAACUAGAAAAAGUGACUUCCAGCUAUAGGGAAACGAAGAGCCUGAGGCAUAGGUUGUGAGCCCUGCGGUCCCCAGAAGGCAUGCAGAGUAUCAGAAAUGGCUAGCCACACAGACACAACACACCAGGGCCGUUUUCUCCCCUCUUCUCUUUCCCACCUCUCCUCACACAGGUAUGGGCAUUCCUAACUUUAUGCAUUUUGACCAAGGGACUUCAUAGCACCCAGACAGCUGGGUGCCUGAAGACACAUCCCUCCGGUGAGGCAUUGCUCCGGCUGCGUCCUGGGGUAGCUGGAGGAAGUGGAGUCUGAUUUGUUUCCAGUAGAGGCAGCCUGUGCUGUCCACGGGGCAGGACUAAAUGGCGUAUGACUUGAAGGACGCUUCAAAGUUGACUGUUCAUACCUCGCUUAAGAUGGAGAAGGGUGCUGUGAGUGCUCUGGCACCCCAGCAGUACACCCAGGGGGACUGUCUACAAAUGAAUUUAAUAAUAUGUAUGUCAUACUACGUGGUGUGGUCCCGUUCUCAGUUGAUUGUAUAGCUCUUGCCUGGCAUUAAAGCAUGUUAGUUAUUUAAUAUCGUUGUCUGG